AUGGCCAUCCCUCCCGCACCAUCAUGCCAGACGUUCUCAGAGGAGUACGAGGUUGCUGCCAUGGACAUGAGGGGCUUUGGCUUCUCAGACCGCCCAAAGCACCCCCGGCGAUUCACCAUGUCACGGCUGGUGAGGGACGUGCUGGAGUGCCUGGCGGCGCUGGGGCACACACGAUGCACCCUGGUCGCCCACGACUGGGGUGGCAUGGUGGCUUGGCAUGUUGCGGCUGCCCACCCGGAGGCGGUGCAGCGCAUGGUCGUCCUUGCCUCGCCACACCCCCGAGCGUACCUGGAUCCGGCCUGCUUCACCCCCCAGCAGUCCCUGAGGCAGGCAGUGUGUAGAUAA